AUCGCGCCCGCUGUUUCAUCUACUGAGUAAAACGGAGAGACGACACACAUUUAGGCGAGCGUGUCUCUCGCGCGCGUCUGUGUUUGCUAUGGCCGGAAGGUGGACGUGAAGGCGGCGGCGGCGGCGGCGGCGGCAGCAGCAGCAAAGACUACAACACCUCCUAAUUCUCGGAACGCUUUUGCGCCAACAGCGUUGUCCCUGACCCUAUCGGCGAAAGCGAGGGUGGAGCUUUUUGCGUAGGCAGGGGCGGGGAGGAGGCUUGUCCUAGUCGGCCCCAGGUGAAUGGAGGAACCUGACAGUUAAGAGGCGGAGGAAGAGGCGAAGGCGAAAUGGCGGUGGCGGCAGGAACCGUAUCAGCAUUAGCAAUGGCGGUAUAAUGAGGCGACGCCUGUAGCCGGGGCAGCUCCAGGCUGGGUCCCGCCUGGCAGGAUACCUAGGUUUGAAACAAAAUUACAGGCUUGGAAACUCUGGAAAAGCUCAAUAUCAGCAUUCAAGGAGCUUCACAGCAAUGUGAUUAGCUUUGAAGCGGAUAUAAUGGUGUCAACAUGCAGUUCAGAAAACGUAUACACAGAGGUCACAGAAACUAAUACAUAAGCUGCGCUGAAACAAAAAUGCAAUGAAAGAAACACUGGAUGAAUGAAUGAAAAGCCCUGCUUUGCAGUUCUUCAGCAUGGCAGGACUACAACUCAUGACCCCUGCUUCCUCACCAAUGGGUCCUUUUUUUGGACUACCAUGGCAGCAAGAAGCAAUUCAUGAUAACAUUUAUACACCAAGAAAAUACCAGGUUGAACUGCUAGAAGCAGCUCUGGAUCAUAAUACAAUAGUCUGUUUAAACACUGGCUCAGGGAAGACGUUUAUUGCAGUACUACUCAUUAAAGAACUGUCUUAUCAGAUCAGGGGAGUUUUUAACAAAAAUGGGAAAAGAACAGUAUUCUUGGUCAACUCUGCGAAUCAAGUUGCUCAGCAAGUGUCAACUAUUAGGACUCAUUCAGAUCUUAAGGUGGGAGAGUAUUCAAGUUUGGAAAUAACGGAAGCAUGGACAAAAGAGAAAUGGAACCAAGAAUUUGCUAAGUAUCAGGUUCUCGUUAUGACCUGUUGUGUCGCUUUGAAUGUUUUAAAAAAUGACCAUUUAUCCCUGUCAAACAUUAAUCUUCUUAUUUUUGAUGAGUGCCAUCUUGCAAUCCAGGAUCACCCCUAUCAAGAAAUUAUGAAGCUUUGUGAGAGUUGUCCAUCAUGCCCUCGAAUCUUGGGAUUAACAGCUUCCAUUUUAAAUGGGAAAUGCGAUCCAGCAGAAUUAGAAGAGAAGAUUCAGAAACUGGAGAACAUUCUAAAGAGUAGUGCUGAAACAGCAACUGAUUUAGUAGUUUUGGACAGGUAUACUUCUCAACCUUGUGAGAUUGUGGUAGAUUGUGGACCAUAUGCUGACAAAAGUGGGCUCUAUGAAAGGUUGUUAACAGAGCUGGAUGAUGCACUUCGCUUUCUGAAUGAUUGUAACGUAUCUGUACAGUGCAGAGAGAGAGAUUCUACCUUGAUUUCGAAACAGAUACUGUCAGACUGCCGAGCAGUGCUGCUUGUUCUGGGACCCUGGUGUGCCGAUAAAGUAGCUGGGAUGAUGGUGAGAGAGCUACAGAAGUACAUAAAACAUGAGCAGGAAGAGCUGCACAGGAAAUUUUUAUUGUUUACAGAUACUUUCCUAAGGAAAAUACAUGCACUCUGUGAAGAGCACUUCUCACCUGCCUCACUUGACCUGAAAUUUGUAACCCCAAAAGUAAUAAAACUGCUUGAAAUUUUGCGUAAAUAUAAGCCCUAUGAACGGCAGCAAUUUGAAAGUGUUGAGUGGUAUAAUAAUCGGAAUCAGGAUAAUUAUGUGUCCUGGAGUGAUUCUGAAGAUGAAGAUGAAGAUGAAGAAAUAGAGGAGAAAGAGAAAACAGAAACUAAUUUUCCUUCUCCCUUUACCAAUAUUUUAUGUGGAAUUAUUUUUGUUGAAAGAAGAUACACAGCAGUUGUUUUAAACAGGUUGAUAAAAGAAGCUGGCAAACAAGACCCAGAGCUGGCUUACAUCAGCAGCAAUUUUAUAACUGGACAUGGCAUUGGAAAGAAUCAGCCCCGUAGUAAACAGAUGGAAGUAGAAUUCCGAAAGCAGGAAGAGGUACUUAGAAAAUUUCGAGCACACGAGACCAACUUGCUAAUUGCAACUAGUAUUGUAGAAGAGGGUGUUGACAUACCAAAAUGCAAUUUGGUGGUUCGUUUUGAUUUGCCCACAGAAUACCGGUCCUAUGUGCAGUCCAAAGGAAGAGCCAGGGCACCUAUUUCAAAUUACAUCAUGUUAGCAGAUUCAGACAAAAUUAAAUGUUUUGAAGAAGAUCUUAAAACCUACAAAGCAAUUGAGAAGAUCCUAAGGAACAAAUGCUCAAAGUCUGUAGAUACAAGUGAAACAGAAAAUGAACCCAUUAUAGAUGAUGAUGAUAUCUUUCCACCAUAUGUGUUAAGACCAGAUGAUGGCGGUCCAAGAGUGACAAUAAACACUGCUAUUGGGCACAUUAAUAGGUACUGUGCUAGACUGCCAAGUGACCCGUUUACUCAUCUGGCUCCCAAGUGUAAAACUAGGGAACUCCCUGAUAACACAUUUUAUUCAACUCUUUAUCUGCCUAUCAACUCUCCUCUUCGAGCAUCAAUUGUUGGUCCUCCAAUGAAUUGUACAAGAUUGGCAGAGAGAGUUGUUGCUCUUAUUUGCUGUGAAAAAUUGCAUAAAAUCGGUGAACUGGAUGAUCACUUGAUGCCUGUUGGGAAAGAGACAGUGAAAUAUGAGGAAGAACUUGAUUUGCAUGAUGAAGAAGAAACCAGUGUUCCAGGAAGGCCAGGCUCUACAAAACGAAGGCAAUGCUACCCUAAAGCUAUUCCAGAAUGUUUGACGGAUAGUUAUCCCAAACCUGACCAACCCUGUUACCUUUAUGUAAUUGGAAUGGUAUUAACUACCCCUCUACCUGAUGAGCUCAACUUCAGGCGGCGAAAGCUAUAUCCUCCUGAGGAUACUACAAGAUGUUUUGGAAUACUGACAGCCGAACCUAUACCUCAGAUUCCUCACUUUCCUGUGUACACCCGCUCGGGAGAAGUGACUAUAUCUAUUGAGCUAAAGAAAUCAGGUUUCACUUUAUCUUUACAAAUGCUUGAGUUGAUCACAAGACUUCACCAGUACAUUUUCUCUCACAUUCUUCGGCUUGAGAAACCUGCACUAGAAUUCAGACCCACCGAUGCUGAUUCAGCCUAUUGUGUUCUACCUCUUAAUGUUGUUGAUGGCUCCAGUACUUUGGACAUUGAUUUUAAAUUUAUGGAAGAUAUUGAAAAAUCUGAAGCACGUACAGGCAUUCCCAGUACACAGUAUACAAAAGAGACACCUUUUAUUUUCAAAUUAGAAGAUUACCAGGAUGCCGUUAUCAUUCCAAGGUAUCGAAAUUUUGAUCAGCCUCAUCGAUUUUAUGUUGCUGAUGUCUACACAGAUCUUACUCCACUGAGCAAAUUUCCUUCCCCAGAAUAUGAAACUUUUGCUGAAUAUUAUAAAACCAAGUAUAACCUUGACCUGACCAAUCUCAACCAGCCAUUGCUGGAUGUGGACCACACAUCUUCAAGACUUAAUCUUUUGACGCCUCGUCAUUUGAAUCAGAAGGGAAAAGCUCUUCCAUUAAGCAGUGCUGAGAAGAGGAAAGCUAAGUGGGAAAGUCUGCAGAAUAAGCAGAUUCUGGUUCCGGAACUCUGUGCUAUACAUCCUAUUCCAGCUUCACUGUGGAGAAAAGCAGUUUGCCUUCCUAGCAUUCUUUAUCGUCUUCACUGCCUUUUGACAGCCGAGGAACUCAGAUCCCAAACUGCCAUUGAUGCUGGUGUAGGAGUUAAAUCGCUUCCUUCAGAUUUCAGAUAUCCUAACCUGGAUUUUGGGUGGAAAAAGUCUAUUGACAGCAAAUCCUUCAUCUCUGCUUCUAACUCUUCUCUAGCAGAGAGUGAAAAUUAUUUUAAGCACAGCACAAUUAUAGUCCCUGAACAUGCUGCAUAUCAAGGUGCUAAUAAAACCUCUUCUGCAGAUAAGCAUGACCAAAUGUCUGUGAACUACAGAACAUUGAUUGAGUCACCUAGUAAACUCCAAAAUGAUGUCUCAGUAGAACUGGCAACAGUUAAUGGUGUUUCUUACAAUAAGAAUCUUGCCAACGGCAAUUGUGACUUAACUAACCAAGACUUUUGCCAAGGAAAUCAGCUAAAUUAUUGCAGGCAGGAAAUACCUGUACAACCAACUACCUCAUAUCCUAUUCAGAAUUUAUACAACAGUGAGAACCAGCUCAAGCCCAGCAAUGAAUGUACUCUGCUGAGUAAUAAAUAUCUUGAUGGAAAUACUAACAAAUCUACCUCAGAUGGAUGUCCCAGAAUGGCAAUGACCGCUAGUGCUUCUGAUGCUUGUAAUCUUUCAAAAGAAAGAAUGGAUUCUAUAACAAGCCCUUCCAGUGGAUACUCCUCAAAAACCCUUGGCCCAAACCCUGGUCUCAUUCUUCAGGCUUUGACUCUCUCAAAUGCUAGCGAUGGAUUUAACCUGGAGCGUCUUGAAAUGCUUGGCGAUUCAUUUCUAAAGCAUGCCAUCACUACAUAUUUGUUUUGCACUUACCCUGAUGCUCAUGAGGGACGCCUGUCAUAUAUGAGGAGCAAAAAAGUCAGCAAUUGUAACUUGUAUCGUCUUGGAAAAAAGAAAGGGCUUCCUAGUCGCAUGGUGGUAUCUAUUUUUGAUCCACCUGUCAACUGGCUUCCUCCUGGUUACAUAGUAAACCAAGACAAGAGUAAUACAGACAAAUGGGAAAAAGAUGAAAUGACAAAAGAGGGGUUGAUGUCUAAUGGAAAACUUGAUGAUGAUUAUGACGAUGAUGACGACGACGACUUGAUGUGGCGGGUACCCAAGGAGGAAGCUGACUUUGAGGAUGACUUUUUGGAAUAUGAUCAGGAGCAUAUCAAAUUUAUUGACAAUAUGUUAAUGGGCUCUGGAGCAUUUGUCAAGAAAAUAUCUCUCUCCCCAUUGUCACCCACCGAUAACAGUUAUGAAUGGAAAGCACCCAAAAAAUCAACCUUGACUAAUGUUCAGUUUUCAUCAGAUUUUGAUGAUUUUGAUUAUAGCUCAUGGGAUGCAAUGUGCUAUCUAGACCCUAGCAAGGCUGUCGAAGAGGAUGACUUUGUAGUAGGUUUUUGGAAUCCAUCGGAGGAAAACUGUGGUAUUGAUGCUGGAAAACAGUCCAUCUCCUAUGACUUGCAUACAGAACAGUGCAUUGCUGACAAAAGCAUUGCAGACUGUGUGGAAGCCCUUCUGGGCUGCUAUCUGACCAGCUGUGGUGAAAGAGCUGCCCAGCUUUUCCUCUGUUCACUGGGACUGAAAGUACUUCCGGUUAUUAAGAAAAGUGAUUGGGAGAGUGCUCUGUAUUCCUACAGAGACCACGUCAACAGCCAACAAAAACAUCCUUCAGCAAACUGUGUUUCUGCCUCUCUAGCCAAUCAAGAGUCUUCUCUGUAUAAAGACUUGAUGUAUGGCUGUUUAAAGAUUCCGCCAAGAUGUAUGUUUGAUCAUCCAGAUGCUGAGAGAACUUUACAUCAUCUUAUAUCUGGCUUUGAAAACUUUGAGAAGAAAAUUAGCUACAGUUUUAAGAACAAGGCUUAUCUACUUCAAGCAUUUACUCAUGCCUCCUAUCAUUACAACACCAUUACCGAUUGUUACCAGCGGUUGGAAUUCCUGGGAGAUGCAAUUUUGGACUACCUCAUAACCAAGCACCUUUAUGAAGACCCACGGCAGCACUCUCCCGGAGUUCUAACAGAUCUGCGAUCUGCUCUUGUUAACAACACCAUCUUUGCCUCAUUGGCUGUAAAGUACGACUACCACAAAUACUUCAAAGCUGUCUCCCCUGAGCUGUUUCAUGUUAUUGAUGACUUUGUACAGUUUCAGAUGGAAAAAAAUGAAAUGCAAGGAAUGGAUUCUGAGCUCCGAAGAUCUGAAGAAGAUGAAGAAAAAGAAGAAGACAUAGAAGUACCAAAGGCUAUGGGGGAUAUAUUUGAGUCUCUUGCUGGUGCCAUUUACAUGGAUAGUGAAAUGUCUCUGGAAAUGGUUUGGCAAGUGUACUAUCCAAUGAUGAGGCCGUUAAUAGAAAAAUUCUCUGCAAAUGUGCCCCGUUCCCCAGUACGAGAGCUGCUGGAGAUGGAGCCAGAGACAGCUAAAUUUAGUCCUGCAGAAAGAACCUAUGAUGGAAAGGUCAGAGUAACUGUGGAAGUUGUAGGAAAGGGAAAGUUCAAAGGUGUUGGAAGGAGUUAUCGGAUCGCCAAAUCUGCAGCAGCAAGAAGAGCUCUACGAAGCCUCAAAGCAAAUCAACCUCAGGUUCCAAAUAGCUGAGACACCUCUUUAAAAAAAGAAGUAAAAUGUUGAGAGGAACAAAUUGAAAACAGCAUUUAAAGUUUGAUAACAAAUAGCUAACAACAUCUAACAUGUACACAUACUUUUGGAACUAAAUGUAGUAAUAGGGGGGUUUUGCGCAAACACAAUCUUGUCUUCUUUCCUCACUUCUGCUUUGUUUAAUCACAAGAGUGCUUUAUUGAUGACAUUUAGCAAGUGUUCAAAAUAAUUGUUGUCAGGUAUCUUUGGUUUACUUUGUCAGUGCAGCUUUGCUUAGUGUUUAAAGGCCAGGGAGCUUAUGCUUAUUUGCAGUUACUAGAUUUAUAUCUAUAUCUAUAUAUAUAGUAAUCUUGAAAUUCCUCAAAUCUGUGCACUAGUGCCAGUCACAAAGCAGUUUAUAAACUGUACUGGAUGAUUUGGUGUAAGGAUUAAGUGUGCCAGUAUUGUCCUUGUUCUUUCCAUGUCAUCUUUGCAUUAAGAUGGCAUUCCCAAUCAUUAUUGCACUUAUUUGUUAGGGACAGGUUUUUAACUGAAAUGUUUGGCAUCUGAUAAAAUUUAAAAUUGAUGCCACAUAGUCUUGCAUUAAAAGGUUCUUGCCUUAAAAGUACAUAAGCCCUCACUAAUGCAACCUUUCAUUUCUGAACUCUUGGAGCAAAUUGUAUUACAUUCCCUUCACAUUUAGAAUGCAUUUUACAAUGAUAAAGCUCCAUAUUUACAGUAAAACAUGUUACUUUGGCUGUGACCUAACUUACUACAGGACUGUAAUAGAAAUUGUAUUCAUAUAUAUGUAGUGACGUUAUUUUUAACAAUUCAGAGAAAAUGGUUAGUACAGACUUUAUUUGAUAUUGCAGACAAAAAAAGUCUCUCGCUAAUUUCCAUUGCUACAAAGACUGAGCACAGUCCAUCACUCUUGUAUAACCUCCUUUCACUUCAAAGGACUUGUGCAAGAGAUUUUCUUGGUGGAUAGCAGGCAUUGUUUCCUGUAUUGGAACUUUGUAAUAAUAGUUAAUUGCACAGUGCAAACUGUUGCUUUAAAAAGAACUUUUGAUAUAUCACACCUAAAAUAUGCUGCAGGUUUUAUAUUGGAUACAUAUUUAACAAAUAGAGCACCUUUAAGAGUGAUUUCCACAUAAAUUUCUUACUGUACUUUUCAGAAUUGCAUGCAUAUUUCACCUACCAAAGCUGUGCUGUUAAAAUGCCAUGGAAGUUGUUAUGUGAGAGAAACUGCCAUACUUUGAUACAUCUGUGAUUUAGGUCCUUUACCACAGAAUAACUAGCUCAUUAUUGUUUCAGUUGAUAUGAAAGCAUACUUUUUGGGCUAUGCCUAAAUUUCUUUAGAUAUUUGUAGGCACCCUUCACUUAAAUACCUCAGUUCUUGUUCUUUUGUGUCUUUUCCCUUUUGCAUGCAUUUUUGUUUGUUUUGGUGCUAUGUGUAUGUAUUAUGCUUGAAAUUUUAAUUUUUGCACUGUAACUAUAAUACCUCUUAAUUUUACCUUGUUAAAAAGCUGUGGGUCGUCUUGUACUCCCACCAAUAUCAAUAGAGGUUUGCUGCAAUUUUACCCCAUUAAUUAUGCUUGAAGUUUGGGAGAGAGCUGAGCAAGGUUUUUAAUGUUUUCCAGCACAGUGGUCUGCUCUUGAUGCUGUUUUAUGUGUUAAAUUACAGAUAAUACUGUGUUCUGUUUUUAAAGACCCCCUUCCCCUACACAUGUGCAUUCAAAAUUUAAAGAAAACAUCUGGUUUACCUUUGCAAAAGAGAAGAAUCGUACUUUAGUGACAGAAGACAUUAAGCUUUUCUGAAAUACAGAAUUUGGUUUUAACAAAUUUCUUCUUUAGGCUUCUAAUAAUAACAGUGAAACAUUUUGUUUUUGUGACUUCAGUCACAAUGAGCAAGUAAAAUAUCAUGGAAGGAUGAAAAGGCAUGAUCCUGUGCAAGGGUGAACUGCACACGUCUCAAAAUUUCUUAGUUUUUCACUGCAGCCCUCACGCACUGAUAAAGAAGCAAACCUCUUUUUCAGUACGAACAGUGGCAGUUCUCUUCAGCUUCGAUAUGAGCAGCUGCUGUAAAAAUGUCAAAGAAAACUCACUACAUGCAUAAUAUUCCCCAAAUACAGCUUUUGAUUGUGACUUUCGUUACAACAUUUAGGUAAGGGUAUAGUUCUCAAGUCCCUAAUUUGACAUACUGUAAAAGUAUUCGUACACCCAGAUUUUUAACAUGACCUUUCAGCGCUAAAGUGGAUUGAGCAUUGCUGUCUAAGUUCUCUUCAUGCAAGAAUAAGCCUGCUUAGGUAGUUUAUGAAUGAACACUGUUGAAUCUACAAUUGUAGCCCAAAGUGAGGAUUUUGCAACUCUAGUAAUGAAUGUUUCUAAUGUUGAUAAUUUUCUCUGCUGAUGCCCAGGUCAUCCUUUAAAAACUCACAAGGUUCAUAGUUCAAAAAAGUUCAUGUAUUAUCCCAAUAAGAUUUUUUUUAAAAUGCCAUAUGUAAAAUCAAAACCAGUCUUGUGAGAUCGAUAGUAAACAGUUCAGAUAAAUGUUGGAUAAUUUCAAAGGUUAAGUUGGCAAUAGGAUAUGAUAAUUACUCUCUAAUCAGAAGUAUUCAAUGCCUCCCUGUUGCAUCAAGCUAAUGAACUGAAAAUAUUGAGUAGGGGGCCAAUUGUAAAUGUAGGUCCUGCUGCUGUUUAUGCGUUUGUGUUUAAUGCCACAACUUUUUUGCUGUAUGAUUGAAUUCAGAUAUUUCAUAAUACUGUUAGAAUGCAAAAACGCACAGUUUCCAUGCUGUACAACUUCUUUACCUUUUUUUAAGUACAAUUGGGGUAUUGGAAAAUAUAUGCUAUUAAGACCUAGGUCUGAUCAUUUGAAGGUUAGAAUCAAAAUCCCUUGACAUGCUACAAGCAUGAGAGGAAAUGGACGGUUGCAAGCCUGUCUUCACAUUGUGCCAGAGACUCCUCAUGUAGACAGCAGAGGAGUUAAUUGGCAUGAACCUAAUUUUGGAAUUUCAUGUGUGUGUUCUGUUACACUGUAUUACUUAGACAGUCCUUCUAACUGUGCUGCAUUUUAAUUUUUGUUAUGGCUCGGUUUUGUGCUGUUCUGUUCAUGUAGCACAAAUAAGCAUUGCACAUGGUACCAUGCUUUACCUCAUUCCAAGGAGAAAUAAGCUUAAUUAGAGGAAUAAAUGUGGUUCGGGCCUUGCUGCUGCUUUGAUUUACUGAAUUUGAAAAAUAUCAUUAGAAUGCCUGAAGUGUUGUCACUUAAAUUGCACAAUUGAAAUAGGCCAUCUGUUUGCUUUUUGUCUGUGACAUUUCCUGUAUCGUAAGGAUUUAAAACUAUUGGCCAGGAUUCAGAGAGCCCCUUGCACUAUUGGAAGGCACUUCUGCAAGUGGAGGGAGGGGUAUUCUCCAAUUUCCAAUGAAUCUUCCCCUAGCUGCAGCUACCAACACUCAUCCCAUACCUUUCUGGAAGAUCUUCCCAGAGAUGGGAAACCUGUGGCCUCCAGAUGUUGCAGAACUACAGUUACCAUCAUCUUUGACUACUGGUCAUGCUGCUUGGGGCUGAUGGGAGUUGGAGUCCAGCAACAUUUGGAGGACCUCUGGUUGCCCCUACCCUAACCCACAGACAUAUCUUUUCAGUGGAUACAAGAAGUACAACAGAGGUGAGAGAUCCACACUGCACAAGCAGAACUCUGCUGAGCUAUUCUCUGGGUCCCAUCCAUUGUCUUUUAUGCCAUUCUUUUACUAUUUUGAGAAACAAUUGAAAUUUAAAAUGGCCUCUUUAUAACUCCUUUUGCCCUACCUUGCUGUAAUUUCAUUGAACAUGCAUACAUAGUGUCAAUUAAAUCUCUGCAUUUUGGAUGUGAAGGAAUCUAUAGGUAUCUAGUCUAGUGCAGAGGACAGGGGUUUUGUUUUGUAUAAUACUGAAUGUGGGAUCUGCUAUUACCACUCUGAGAAGUCCUGUAAAAGGUAAGACCACAAGUGCAAGUGGCAUAAACUGCUAGCCCCAAAGUCACAGUCUUUUCAAACUGAAAAAUAGUCAUUUGACCAUAUUUGAGCCUUAUGCUGUUCUCCUCCAUUCCUCAAUGAAUGUAAUAGAAUUUGUUGUAUGUGACUAAUGAAAGAGAGAUUGAACCUAGUACAGUGUUGGGCUAUUAAUGACAAAUAUUUUCACUUUCAGUAAGCUAAGGUGUGUUAAUAUUUGUACAAAUAUGUCUUUAAAUCCUUAAGAUUUCACAAUGAUAAAAUGUAACCGAAACCUAAGUUUUCACCAGCAGACAUUUGAUAACAGAUAUCCAUAGGAGUCAGGUAGAAAACAAAGGGUUGUAUCCAGACUGUUAGUUCCCAUUGAAACCAAUGGGACAUGUUCCACUAUGUCAUGACUAGCUUGACCCAUUGAUUUCAGUGGGACCCAAGUUCAACUAACUUAGUCUGGAUCCAACCCGAAAACCGUUGCAACUUCAUGCAAAAGUAACUCAACAUUAAUCUAUCAGUCUUACUUCCUAAGUCUUUUUAUAGCUUCCCCUCUUGUGUAUUUUUAAUUUGGAUAACCACCACAGACUGUUUAAACUGAUAUAAUAGAUGAACUCAGUUUACUACAGCAGCAAGUUAUCUAGACAAACAAAAGUUGAACAAGCAUUGAAAAUUGCAGGCUUUUUUAUUGUAAACAGUUUGACUGUAAAGAUGGUUAAAAUCAAAUAGAAUGAAUAACAUAAUUUGAUGGACAAUAAAAUAUUUCCCAUCACAUGCUGCAGCUGUCUAAGGGACAUAAAAUGUAAUUCAUUCAUACUGUAAUCAUGCUGCAGAAAUUUGCAGUCUGCACCUUAUGGAUCACAAUUACCUUUAAUAGAUUUUUGUAAUAAUUGUAGCUAAAUAUAUCUCCAAUAAAGUUAUGGUCUGUUCA